AUGGCCGCUACUCCAACAAGGCGGGGCAGCCUGAGCUUCAUGCAAUUCAUCGCCGCCAUCCUCCCUUUCAUCCCGCCAACAACAGCCCUCCAACGCUCAAAUAAACAAUUCCGCGACUUCUUCCCAGCAUGGGAGCCCCUACUAAAAGACCAACUCAAAUACAACUGCUCCGCCGAAAUACAAGCAUACCUCAACAUAUCCGGCCCCGCCCUUCGUCCUGGCUACCGUGUCAUAGACUGCAUCCUCAACACCAUGCCCGAGUUCAGAAAAGCAGAGCUAGCUUCUGCUGCUGUCAUUCUUGGUCUCGCACCAUCAGUCCUUCAACUCUUGAGUGCUUCGUAUCUUGACACGGCGAUAUUGGCGUAUCGAAGACCGGGACUGGCGGCGUUGUUGGCGAUGUGUAGCUCUGGGGUGAAGCCGCUCUCGGCGUCGGAUUACGAUGACUUUAUCACCAACAUGGGCGCCGAGUCUUCCACUACCUUUUCUGUACCGCGGUUUGUUGGAGCGAAGGGGAUUGUUUCGUUGGUGGAGUACAUCAUCGCCGUUGCAUCCGUCGCAAACAAUGCAUACCUCACAUACCAACUCUGCCUUCAAGCAGUAUGCACAUUCGCCCCAGCCGAAGACUUCCUCCCCGCCAUCUGGACUGCUGCCGCACUAGCAAUCCAUCUGUUUGGGUACGCCGCCGCACGAUUAAAAAUGACCACCGAGACGAAAAGCGCGUGGGAAGAGAGAGGAAGGCUGUGGUCUGAACUCACACCAACAGCAUGGCAGUCAAAGCUUCACAUCAAAGCUAGCAGACGACAUACGGGCUGGUUCCUCACUCUCGCUUCAGCGCUGUACGUAGGCGAUUGCCUCCAAGCCCUCUUUGGAACGCUUAUCCUAUCGAGUUUGGUGUUUAUUAGUGUGAGGGACUCUGCGAUAAUUGUCAUCAGAUUAAUGGGGAGUGCUCUGUUCGCAAGGCUGAUACUGAUUUAUGAAGUGGCGGGCCUGAAUAUGGAUGGCGAGGGAUAUGCAGCAUCUGAGAGCACCAUCUACUUAGAGUCUCUUGAGCAGAAUGAGCAAAGCUUGGGAGUAUCCAGGGGCUUCUCAUGA